CGUUGUAGUCCUUGUUGUAGUUAAAGUUGUAGUCCUUGGUGUUGUUGUUGUCUUCUCUCUGGAUCAUGAGCGACACUUGUUUGGACGCUUUGUUGUCCACACGCGACGGUCAGAUUGGUUUAUUGACGUUGCCACGGGAGGAUUUGCGGGUGACGGGGGAUUCCGCGUCGUCGGGCGACACGACGCCACCCAGUUCCUUCGUCUUGCUGCAACUGCCCGUUGGUUGGCAGGCCCGUGAUCUCCGGGACGCCCACUUCGUCGCCAAUCGUUCUCAACAAGUUGUCCUGGUAUCGGAAGCACACCAUUGUUCCUUUACGGCGCAUCGCGUCGAGACGUCCAACGUGCUCGUCCUUGUGCCUCCCCGGAAGACGACAAACCAUCAAGCCAAUGCUGCUGCUGAUGCUAAUGAUACUGGUGCUGAGGCUGAGGCUGGCUUUGCCCUUCACGAUACACAAGCCGCGGACGGUGACACACCGUGGAAGCGCGACACGGACGAACCCGCAUCGAGAGAAUGGAAAAAGGCCAAACUUGCGGCACCCCGGGACGCGUCUCCCCUCGUUCCCGUACCCGCACGUUUAUUGAAACCCGGGGGGAUUGGUUCUUCCUUUUUGGAAUUGCGACCCACCGUCUUGGCUCGGAACGACCUUCAACGUGCCUUGCGGCAAGCACUGCCACCCAAUGAUGCCGAAUGGAACCCACAGUCUUAUUCGGAUUGCCGACACUCCGACCGUACGAGGAUGCAACGCGGACGCACCGUUGCGCAGCUCGCCAAUUACUUGCAAACGUCGACCCAACAGAUUCGCAACGGACUCGCUGCCUUGCCACAGGCCUUUCCGUUGCCCCACUCUCACAACAACAACAACAACAAAGUCCACCACCAGACCACCUCCUUCGUGUACUUGUCCGAAGUGGUACUACAGGACAUUCUCGAUGCCAUUGUCGCGACUCUCGCCGAAGUGGACGACUGUUCCGAUUACGCCCAACACGGAGUGCUCCUGCACUCGGUACUGAUCCCGGAAGCCCUCCAACGACUCUCUCCCCCCGUGACCACGGUGCACACGGACGAUGCGAACCUGCUUCUUUGGCAAGCGCUCAUUCGACACGGCGUCGAUACCUUGCGAGACGAGUCUUGCUCCAGUCCACACAUUCCGUCCGAGUCGGACACUGACUGUGAGCCACGCACCGUACUCACGGUCUCCAAGGUCGCUCGGCUCGUCGCACGCCGACUGUUUCAGAUGCAAACGGCUCCGUGGGAGGAACGUCGCUUCCUAGCGCGUUGGCAAUCCGAAUUGCCCGGGGUGGGACAUAUCUACGCCGUCCACGUGGCCAUGUUGCGGGGUCUAGCGAUUCGGAACGAAGGAUCCUCCACCGAACGUUCCGUCUCGGAUAGAACGUCAACCGCCACCGUUCCCGAAGAAGCGACUUGGCGGUACUUGGCGGCCGACCAAGUGGUGGUACGGUCUCACGAGCAUGCCGAUCCCACCACCACGGGCUACCCGACGGAAUCCUAUUUCGACGUCUUGUUCCAGACCCAGUCGUUGUGGACCUUGGACGCUUUGCAACCGUACCUGGAUUACCUAGUGGUUGAAACGGCCACGACGCAAGCCGAUUUAUUGUUGCGGCAUACGAAGUUGAUCAUCCGGACCGAUCCUCUUACUGGGGCAACUCUUCAGUUCUUUACCAAACGAUAG